AUAUGCAUUUUAUUUUAUUACAUGAUAUCCACAACUUCGUUUUGCUUUUGUUUGUAGAAGACAGUCAAAUAGGCACAUGUCAUAUGGGGUAGGCCCGUCAGAUGUUCGCCGGCUAUACCUGUGGCUUUAUGUAUCUGCAUUUUUUUAUAUACUAAGAUAAAGAGCGCGGUUAAGAGAUGAGUGGCGAGCCUGAUAAAAACAAGGAAUUCUAUGAGCAGUUGCGCUUAGAAGAGCUCUAUGGGGAAAACCGUUCAGACCCUGACAAAGAAAACCCUUAUACUUAUGUUGACCCUGAAGAUGGGACAGUCUAUGACUGGGAUCAUGAUAAAAAGGCUUGGUUUCCAAAGAUAACAGAUGAUUUUAUUGCAGCUUAUCAGGCCAAUUAUGGUUUUAAUGAAUCUAGUGCUGCCAAUGCUUCUGGAUCAGCUGUGACCGUGGAAUGCAACCCAACUCAGGAAAAGGAUUUUAAAGUGGCCCCAGCAGAGGGUGCAGAAAUUCAGCAGCGUAAAGGAAAAGGAGAAAAGCGUAAACCAGAUCCAGGUUGGUUUGAUGUGGAUAAAGAGAAAAACACAAAUGUUUAUGUAUCAGGACUGCCUCCAGAUAUCACACCUGAUGAAUUUGCAGAAAUGAUGUCCAAAUGUGGGAUUAUCAUGCGUGAUCCAGUUACAGAGGAAUUCAAAGUAAAGCUUUAUAAAGAUGCCCAAGGAAAUCUGAAAGGGGAUGGUCUAUGCUGUUAUCUUAAGAAAGAAUCAGUUGAAUUGGCUGUGAGACUGAUAGAUGAAUCAGAAAUUCGAGGAUAUAAGCUACAUGUAGAGUCAGCACACUUUGAGCUCAAAGGAGAGUAUGAUGCCAGCAAGAAAAGGAAGAAGAAUAAGGAUUACAAAAAGAAACUCCAGCAGCAACAGAAACAACUUGACUGGAGGCCAGAGAAGAAACAAGGUGAAUCUCGAUACAGAUUUGAGCGAGUUGUGAUCAUCAGGAAUAUGUUUCAUCCUAAAGAUUUUGAGGAAGACCCAUUGGUUCUCAAUGAGAUCAGUGAAGAUCUAAGAACAGAAUGUGAGAAGUUUGGUCCAGUUAAAAAAGUUGUCAUCUUCGAUAGACAUCCAGAUGGUGUGGCUUCAGUAGCAUUUAAAGAGCCAGAGCAGGCAGAUGGAUGUAAAUUGGCACUACAUGGUCGCUGGUUUGGAGGACGGCAGCUAACUGCAGAACUGUGGGAUGGUGUGACGGAUUAUCAGGUUGAAGAAACAACUAGAGAGAGAGAGGAGCGACUGAAAGGUUGGACAUCAUUCCUUGAAAGUGACGUUAAAGAAUCUAGUACAGAUAGUUCCCAUACGUCUAAAGUAGAAACCCCGGCUGCACCCAUGAAAAGUGAAGAAUUACCUAGCAACAAGAAGGAUCCAUCAUUAUUAAAAGGUUCAGAUCUGGACAAUGGUAACAAAGAAGAAAAAGCACAAGGAAAUGGUGAAAAUAUUUUGUUAACACAUGGUGCAGAUUCUACAGAUAGCAGUCUGGCUGGGAGUGAUGAUGAACCAGAUGAGGAAACAUCUUAAGACCUAAAGGAAUAUUUAAGAAGGAUUAUUAGUACUUGACUUGAAGAAAAAGGUGAUAGAAAUGUCUUAAGGAGAUUGUUGUUCUUAAUUUAAUAUUGCAAAGCAAUGGACUGCUAAACUAGGAAAACCGUUGCAGUAAAAGUGAAGCCUAAAGUAAGCUGCGGAACAGAAAUGAACUUCUCUGUUUCUGUGGAUGUUAUUUCUUUUGCUGUUAAUGAGCAAAUUGAUCAUUGUAGUUAACAUUGUAAUGUUAUCAAUUGGAGUUUGAGUUGUAUUUUAUACAUUUCUAAAAGUGUCAGUGGGAAUUGAAAUAUAUUUCCUGUGUCUAAGGAG